AUUUUAACGUUUCUGGUGGUUGCCAUUCGUUUAGGCGGGCCGAAGCUCCAAAAUCAUUCCAACGCCCAAAACCAUCUUUCUCGGUGACUCCAUGUUUCUAACUUCCAAUGGCCACCAUCGUCUCUUUUCAACCACAUUCAUCUCUCCAUACCUCUCUCAACUCCAUUCGACCUAAUCCCUCUCUCAGAAUCUGCAGAAUCCACUGCCAGGGGAACAAUCCCACUACCGAUUCCCCCAACAAUCAAGAAUCCAAGCCCGAGAAUGCGGUGCUGAAGGUCGCCUGGUAUGGCUCCGAGCUCUUGGGGAUCGCCGCUUCAUAUCUCCGCCCGCCGUUGGAUGUUCAAACUCCCCUUAGGGCUCAGGAGCUCACUACGGAUGUGUCCGGUUCAAUUCCUCGCCCGCUUAUCGUUGAAACGAUUAAGGAGGAUUUUCGGCGGUCCUACUUCGUCACAGGGAACCUUACUCUUCAGGCUUAUGAAGAGCAAUGUGAAUUUGCUGAUCCGGCUGGUUCUUUCAAAGGGCUUCGCCGAUUUAAAAGAAACUGUACAAAUUUCGGAUCUCUUGUGGAUAAGUCAAACAUGAAACUUACCAAAUGGGAGGGUUUUGAGGAUAAGGGCAUUGGACAUUGGAAGUUCAGUUGUAUCUUGUCGUUUCCUUGGAGACCAAUUCUAUCUGCAACUGGAUAUACAGAGUAUUACUUUGAUGCAAGAUCUGGAAAAGUAUGCAGGCAUGUAGAACACUGGAAUGUUCCUAAAAUGGCUUUACUGAAACAAAUUUUGAGACCAACUCGAGAGUGGCUGUGGUUUAAGAAAGCAGGUGGUACCUGAUUUUUCAUUAUGAUAAGAACAAUGAUUAGAACAAAAACCUUUUUGGAGUAUGAUCAGCUUCAUGUAAAUUUUAUAGUUUGAUUUGGAAAAUAUAUUUUGUGGGGUUGUAUGAUGAAAUUAUAUGUAAUAGAGCUUUUUUUUUUUUCUUGAGGUUUAUAGAAGAUAUUUGUACAGAUAGACGAUGAAAGAAUGGGGAUUUCUUUUUCUAUGAGUGAAUUAGUUGACUAAGACCGAGGGUGAGCCAUCAAAGGUGGAGAUGUUAUUAGUGUAGAGUUUCGAUUGAAUUCUAGAGAUUUCUAAGGAUUCGAAAAUUCAUCAGGGGAAUUUCAUUUUGUAUGGUCUUUGAUUAUAUCUAAUAUUAUAGUUACGCAAGUCA